UAGAAUUUAGUAUUAUUCAACAAAGAUAUGCUACAAAAAAAGCGGCUGGUUCUACUCAAAACGGUCGAGAUUCGCCUGGUAAAAGAUUAGGUUUAAAAAAAUUUGGAGGACAACCAGGAUGGGUGCAAUUUUAUAUUGACCCAAAGUGUAAGAAAAAAUAUAUUGGAGUUGUAUUAAGUCCAAAUAAUAAAUUACUAAAACCGCCUACCAAGCCAAGAAGGCGUAGAUUUGAUUUGAUUGAUGUUACACAAUAUCAUGAAGAGUUAC